GCUGGCUUCGGUUUAAGUGUAGUACUCUAUAGUACUCUUGUACACUUUGUUUAAACAGAAAGCCUUAACGUUAGUUUAUUGAAUAAGACGUAAUGCGUUUUGUCAACGUAGAGCUUUUGCGACCUUACAUUCUGUUUGGACGACGUCAAAACUCACCAUGGCCAGGUCAGAGGAAUAUGCCAAAGCUGGAGAUCCUGGAAACGGAUGCACUCCGAUCAGAGUUAAUGCUUCGGCAGCAUCUGAAGGCCCUGAGUGAGGCCCUCGGGCAGCAGCUGCAGGAGACCAAAACAAGACAGAAAGAGGAGCUGGAUAGAAGGAUUCAUGAGAACUCUCUACUGUCGGCUGAGUCCAGUGAUCGCAACAAAAUGAAACAUCAGGCCAAACAUGUAGAAAUGAGGAGAGACACAUCUGCCCUGACGUCAGACAAAAAGACUUUGCAGCAUCCGAGAGACUCAGAGAGCCCCAAAAUAUCUCCAAAGUGGAUUCAUUGUUCAGUUUCCAUGCUUACUCCGGCCAGGACUCAACAAUGUGAACGGUUUGAUUCUACUAAGACAACACAGAUAAGCAAAGAGGAGGAGGCUAAGACAGAGUGUCAGAGGAAGUUCCGCGCUCAUCCAGUGCCCGCCCAUGUCAGUCAGACCCGGUAUCAAGAGAUGAUGGAGCUGAAAGAGAAGGAGAGGAACCAGUGGCACGAGCAGCGGAGGGACUUCUUGCUCUCUAUUCAAAGACCUUUCAGUUUCCAGGAGAGAGAAAAGGAGAAGAGGGAGAGGCUGAUUACAAUGUUAAACCAAGUCAAGGACAAAAAAAAGGCUGCUUCCGUUAUGAAACCUCCCCAAAAAGAGGUUAAAGACUUGUCCAAUUCUGAGGACAAAGACGUGGAACUUCGGAGUCGAGUCCCCACUCAGACAGAAGUGGGACACGAGAAACCGACUGUGUCCGGCUGCCCAAAACUUCGCACUUCCGAGCGCACCAGGAGAGAAAAGUUGGGCUUCCUGGACGAGAGGCCCAGCUUCCAGCCCCAAAUCAUCCAGCAAGUCCCUGAUUUCAGUAGACUGCACAGAGCCCUGCAGACAGAAGGGCUGAGAAAAUCCCAGAGGAAAGAUGUGAUCAAAUGUCAGCCCUUCAAUCUGAGGACAUCUGCUCUCCCUGCAAGGCAAAGUAGGACCAGCCCUGAAAACUCACAGGUUCCAGAAAUAAGCAAACUCAGCAGAAGCAAGUCACUUGGGGCCUUAACGUCGCUGUCGUCAAACACACUCCCCACAUUCAUCAGCGAUGCAACGAGGCAGCGCAGCGCGGCCAUCCGAAAGUCAAUGGAGAUGAGGGAUAGCAAGAACCAAGCGGGUGCCGACUGGCUGAGGAGGUACCAGAUGAGAUCCCAGGCCAUGAAAAAGACAGUCGCACUCCAUGCCAGGUUGCUUGACCCACACAGCAGCUUGAAAGCCGUGUAUAACGACAAACUGCAGCACCAUCGGGAGGCUGACCAGCAAAGGAUGAAAGAGUACACAAGGGAGUUACGGGACAUGAAGGCACGAGUUGGCCAACGCCCUUUUUUGUUCGAGCAGGUGAAGCAGAAAAAUGCAAAGGCUCAAGCGGAGCAGACAUACAGGAACACGCUGAAGAUAGUCGGCCUAAAGGAGCAGUUUGUUGAAGAACACGGAGAAGCAGUCAAAGAACCAUCUUCAUCAUCAUCAUCAUCAUCAUUCAGCUCUGAGGAGGAUACAGACAAGAAUCACAUGGCUGAGGAUCACAUUCGCAGCAGUGGGAGAAAUGUAGACGACGGGGAGCAAAUUGAAGAUGUGAAAGAGAAGAGCAUGAAGACCAAAGAGGAAAAUGUGCCAUGAGGAAAAAGGUUUGGGCGGUCGAGUUUUUUAUGGCCUCUCUACUAGAAAAGAAAAUUCCCACCAGACAUUUGAUAGCUCAAGAUGUGCAACUACAAAUUAUGAGAUGACCAAAAAUCUGGACUUCACAAUCUUUACAUGGUGUAUGAAUUUAUAAGUAAGUCAUGUUUGAAAUGAUUUGAAUAUAUUUGUAUCUUUUGCUCGGGAAUAUGUAACCUUGUAAUUUUAGGGGAUGAUUUACACUUGGUCUCAAAUUAAUUAGGGUUUUACCAAAUCUCCCAAUAGGCACUAAAAAAUACAAAUGAAUGUCUACACUUCAACAAGGAGACCUGUAUGUGUUUUUGCUCUACUUGUUUUUUUUUUUUAGCUCAGUUUAAACAAUCUCAUAAAUGUGUAUAUAUAUAUAUAUAUAUAUAUAUAUAUAUAUAUAUAUAUUUGAAUGGGUCGGGUCCCGUAAGGACGCCCAGCGUCCGACAUGGGCCUUUCUCAGAUGGCUGGGUUGAAGCUUACAGUAAUUUCUACAGCCACACUGCCCCUGUAAAUAAACAGCCCUCGCUGUGCAGAAUGCAUUCACAGAGACCGGCUCAGUGGUCGGCUCCCAGCCCUCGGACCCACAUCAAAAACCCUGCGACACCGGCCUACCCUGUGAGCUCGUGCAACCGUCUUUUACUAUCAGACCACAUGGGAAAGUCUGUAUACGUUCAUAAUUACGCAGUCGUGAAGACAAGUUCAUACCAUAGGGUUACUGUUUUUGGGCCACUGUGCUAUACAUUGAUGACAUGGAGGGCAAUGUUUAUAUGAGUUGAGAAACACAUCAUAUAAUUAAGUGUAGACGGUGACACGAUUGAAGGCGUAGUUUUGAAAUUUAGUUUAAAAGACUCCAUAUGUUACAUCAAAUUACAGUACAAUUUGGUGCUGUCAGACGCAUGUGCAUAUAGGUAAUGACAGAGAAAAUGUCACUGUUACAGUGUCUGCCAUCACUGUCUUUGUUUUAAAAUAAAAGCAAGCAUGAUUAAAAAUGUUCCCAUAUGGUUAUUAAAGAUGCAUCAAGAGUCCAUUCCUGAGAUCUCAAACAUCACAAGUUGAAGCUUCAAGGGCUCCAUCUUGGCAGGUUGUCAUGGGAACAGUUUAUCCCUCCGCUCUCUGCCUUGUAGUCCCUCAGGAGAACACUGCACCUCUAAAAAAAAAAAGAGAAAAAGAAAAAACGGUGCAGGGUUUCCAAACAAGGUGAUGCUCUCCCAACCUUUUAGACCACAUCUGAGUGACAUUGACACUUAUUGCAACCAGCUGCAGUCCAAUGUUUGUCGAAGCUGAGAGAGGAAACAAACACAUUGCAUUAAUCUAAACGAGAGGUUUAGCACUUCUCCACCAAAUGUUCUGAUCACAGUUAGAGGAGUGGAUCUACGUAGCAGAUGAGCAGUGUAAUUCAUCUGAGGUGGUGCGUUCGGGUCUUUUUUUUACUCCCGCCGCUAUGAGAUGUCAAGAUUCCCACACAUUUGAAAUGUUGUGAGUGAGAGUGACUAGAAUUGCUGAUGUAGGCCUCAAAUGAUCCCCGCUGUCACAAUGACAGCCGAUUCCUAACCUCCCAUUUCCCUUGUCUGCUUUCUCCCCUGACAUUUCCUUACUGACAUUUACCUACUGUCUUGACAUUUCACAUCCUGCUCCUCCUCCUGCACAGCUGUAACCUCUGUGUUCCCGUCACCUAAACUCCUGUCGCUCACCCGCACACCUGUUACCGCUACCUCAUCUGCCCAGUAGUUCAGAUACCUGUCCACUUUAUUCCCCGGCUGAUUACCUGAAUGCUGCCAUUUCCAUUUUCUGCCUGACUACCUUAGCCGGCCUUUAGACUCAUGUUCUCUAACCUGAUCCCCUGUUGGAUGGGUUUCCCCUCAUCUCCCCUGCCUCCCCUAUUUCAACCUUUGCUUGUUUUUUUACCUGGGUAAACCUGGGACUGUGAAAUACCUUUUUGUUACCUUCUCUGCU